AUGCUUAAGUUCUGGGCCACAAAGAAACACACUGGCAAGCAGGGGGAUGAGAUUGAACACAGACUUAAGCAUUCAGAGUGCCUGGAAGCCCAGACACAAGCCCUUUAUAUGGAAAAUGUAAAUCUUCAACCUCGGAUCGAACAAGAGGAAGAACAUUUCCAAUUGCUGUUGGCAGGAUAUAACACAUACAGAAAUAAAAUGGGCGCUCACAGAGAGGUUAUUGCUCAUGUGGAAGGCAAAACUGCCACAAGGAGGGAACUCCUGGAAAAACGAGAAAUUGUAAAAAAGCUCAAAGAAGAAAAGGAGGAGCUGAGGAUUGAUCUGGAGAAUCCAAAAGGAAAUGCAGUGAGACAAGGUCAGGGAGAUAUUUACAAUUUGAAGAUGAGGAUUUCAGAGGUAAAGGAGACUGUCAAUAAAAAGAUUGCAUGUAUUGUUAAAGAACAGGAGGUUCAUAUUCAACUGAAGAAGGAAGUAGAGAUGCAAAACAGAAGGUGUGACGCCAUUUUAAAACAUCUUCACUGUCAGUUGAACAAGACGCAGUCUAAUAAAAGGCAGUGGAACUGGGAUAUUCAACAAAUGGAGAGAAAAGUUGCUCAGCUUAGAAAAUGUCUUGGGAUAACAGAGUAA